GACCAGGACUGCAGGGCAGGAUGGGGAACAGCGCGCUGAAGUCCCACCUGGAGACGUCCCAGAAGACGGGCGUCUUUCAGCUGACGGGGAAAGGGCUGCCGGAGUUCCCGGAGGAGCUUCAGACACUCACUGCCAACCUGAGGACUGUAGAUCUGUCCGGAAAUAAGAUCGAGGUUCUUCCUGCCUUCAUUGGAAACUUCCUGCAGCUCAAGAGUCUGACGCUGAACUCCAACCGGCUGACCAUCCUCCCCGAUGAGAUCGGGAAGCUAAAGAAGCUGGAGACCCUGAGUCUGAAUGGGAACCAGAUCCAGCAGCUGCCCCCCACUCUGGGCCAGCUCAAAUCUCUGCGCACCCUCAAUCUGUCCAGGAACCACUUCUCCAAGUUCCCCUCAGGACUGGGAACCCUGAGACAGCUGGACCUGCUAGACCUGUCCCAAAACCAGAUUCGCAACGUUCCUGCAGAGGUGUCUGAGCUGCAGGCCAUUGAGAUCAACCUUAACCAGAACCAGAUCUCGGGGCUGUCUGCGGAGAUCUCCCGCUGUCCCCGUCUGAAGGUUCUUCGUUUGGAGGAAAACUGUCUGGAACUGUCCUCCAUCCCUGAGUCCAUCCUCAAUGAGUCCCAGGUGUCUCUAUUCUCCGUGGAGGGGAACCUGUUUGAGGUGAAGAAUCUGCGAGACCUGGAGGGAUACAAUAAGUACAUGGAGCGUUUCACAGCCACCAAGAAGAAGUUUGCCUGAAGAACGUCCGAUGAGGAUCAGAGCCGGUCCAGGUCUCUGUCCCACCGAUCCCUGCACAUCCCACAGCUGCUUAUUCCUCGGGAGCUAACCCUGGACCUCCUGCAGUGGGGCAUCCUUCAGAGCACCCCGCAAAGACCUGAGCCCGCUUCCAGACCGUUCCUGAUGGAGAUAAAACACAGAAGACGUCUCGCUUCAUUCAUGAUGGUCGGCAACCUGAAUCGGCGGAUCCGGUUGUUUGUGUAGAAUUUGAAGGAAUCUGAUCCAGUUUAACAAACGGACAUUUCCAUGGAAAUCAAACCCUCUGUUAUUCUGUACUGCUGCAGAACCUCACACAGCCGGUCCAGAAAGGAGAGACUCCUCCGGAGCUUCUGCGUCUAUUAAGUCACUUUGCUAACAGCUAGCUUAGCUUAAACCUGCAUGCACUGCGGCUGGUUGUCAAUUUCAACCUG